AUGAUUUCAGAAAUUCGUGCAAGAAAAAUCAAGAACUUAAAGAAUGUUAUGGUGAGAAUAAUUAGUGCACCGUUCUCAUGGGGUGCAUUCUGGGUUAUUAUGAGCAUAAUGGUGCUUCUUAUAGCACUAUACCUUUAUAAAAGGAAGCAUUGGAAAGGACCAAUUAUAACGGUCAAAAAAGUACACAGUGUACUAGCAUCAGACGGUGGAGAAAAUUACAUCGAUAGGAAGCGUGAAGAAUUUCUUAGAAGAGAGAAUUACUAUGCAGGUCCAGAUUCCCUUCAAAACAUGUUUUAUGUUUUAGAGGUAGUCCCAGAAGUACCAGUCACUAGAGGGCCAGUUGUUGAAGAGACACCAGUACCAAUUUGUGAGUAUCCGCGUGUGCCUAUUAAUUGGGAUGACUCAAUUGUUGAAGAGAUACCAGAGACAAUCGUUGAAGAAACACCAGAGACAAUUACUGAAGAGGCACCAAAGGCAAUUGUUGAACAAAGACGAGUGUCAAUUGUUAAACAAACAGUUGAACAAGCUAUAGAUGCAUCCCCUCUUAGUGAUGCACAUGAAGCAGUUGAAGAAGCAUCAAUAAUCGAAGAUACCUCCAUUUUUAGUGAGGCAUAUGAAGCACUUGAAGCAGAAGAGGCAGAAGAAGCAGUUGAAGCAGCAGAAGAGGCCGAGGAAGCAGUUGAAGAAAAUGAAUCAGAAAACGAAUCAGAAGAUGAAGUAGAAGGGACCUUUGAAGUAGUUGAAAAAGAAGAUGUAGUUGGUGGAUUGAGAAGAAAAGUAAGAAUAUAUAAUAAUCCUAAGGAAGAGAGUGAUGUGGUGGAUGGAGUAGAAUUAAUGGAUGGUGAUUUGUUCAGACCAAUAUCCGGUGCAGGAUACAGUGAAUAUCAAUACAAUGAAUAG